CACCAAGAUGAAGACAGCCACCAACAUCUACAUCUUCAACCUGGCGCUGGCCGACGCGGUGGCCACCAGCACGCUGCCCUUCCAGAGCGCCAAGUACCUCAUGGAGACCUGGCCCUUCGGGGAGCUGCUCUGCAAGGUUGUGCUCUCCAUUGACUACUACAACAUGUUCACCAGCAUCUUCACCCUCACCAUGAUGAGCGUGGACCGCUACAUCGCCGUGUGCCACCCGGUCAAGGCCCUGGACUUCCGCACGCCGGCCAAGGCCAAGAUCAUCAACGUCUGCAUCUGGGUGCUCUCCUCCCUCAUCGGGGUGCCCAUCAUGGUCAUGGCGGUCACCAAGACAAAAGAUGGGAUGGUGCUGUGCACCCUGCAGUUCCCCGACCCUCCCAUCUACUGGGACACCGUCACCAAGAUCUGCGUCUUCAUCUUCGCCUUCCUGGUGCCCAUCCUGGUCAUCACCAUCUGCUAUGGGCUGAUGAUCCUGCGCCUGAAGAGCGUCCGCCUCCUCUCGGGCUCCAAGGAGAAGGACCGGAACCUGCGGCGCAUCACGCGCAUGGUGCUGGUGGUGGUGGCCGCCUUCAUCAUCUGCUGGACCCCCAUCCACAUCUUCGUCAUCGUCUGGACGCUGGUGGACAUCGACAAGAAGAACCCCUACGUGGUGGCCAGCCUGCACUUCUGCAUCGCCCUGGGCUACACCAACAGCAGCCUCAACCCCGUCCUCUACGCCUUCCUGGACGAGAACUUCAAGCGGUGCUUCCGGGAGUUCUGCCUGCCCUUCCGAGCCCGCGUGGACCAGAACAGCUUCUCCCGCGCCCGGAACACCACGAGGGAGCGGGUGUCCACCUGCACGCCCUCGGAAGCCCCCAGCAAGCCGGCAUGACUAGGCGUGGGCAGCCCCCAGCGGGGCUGCCGGGGACGCGGAGGGGACGACCUGCGCUCGGAGGUCACCCAGGUCACCACCACGGAGUUCUGAGCAGAGCGGUGGCACCGCUGGGUGACGCCCCGGGGGUUGUGCCCACAAUGACUGCAAAGACUUUGGUCGUCCCGGAGAAGCGGGAUGGGGGAACUGGGACUCGCCAAGCGGCGUAAGGAGAGGAUCGGGACAAGAGGCAACCCGGGCAGAGCUGCUCUUGCUGCUGCUCCCACCUCAACCAAGGCCACCCAACGAGGGCUCUCACCCUCCCAAACGUGGCUCUCUGCAGAGCCCGGGACACCAGGACUGCAAUGUCCAUGUGCUUCACCUCCUGGCCAAGGUGGCACCAUAACCCAUGGCAAGAGGGGAAACGCUCCUGUGGCAUAAGGGGACUGUGCCAGGGGGUGAUUGUAGGACCGUGGAAUCAUUCAGGUUGGAAAAGCUCUCUGAGAUUGUGGAGUCCAACCAUCCCCCAGCACUGCCAAGGUCACCACUGCCCCAUGUCCCCGAGUGCCA